AUGCACCUAUAAGCUGCUUUGCCAGCCGCCAAUAAAACACCAAAGAAGAAGAAGAAGCCGCAAAGAUGUUCAGCGAGUUCAAAGUUUUCCUAACACACCAGGUGUGAAGCCCCAUAAAGGAUCAUAUUGACGGUGGGUGGGGAGGUCUAACCACCAGGCGGAGGGGGAAUGGUCCAUGGGUAAUAGUGCUGCCACCACAGCUGGAAACACUGACCUACUCUGCCUUUAAUGGAACAUUUGUUAUCUGUUAGAUCAUAAUAGAAGUGUAUAGGGAAGAUGUACAGAUAUACAGAGAAGAUAUCAGAAUUUGAAAUGAGGAAGAGGAAGAGGAAGAUAUCUUCAUCUCCAGAACCCAGCUGUGUGUCUCUGAAGAGCAGUCAAUCCAUAAAUCCUCCUCCUAAAUUCUGCGAUGAACCAGUGACCUCUGACCCCAGUGUGGAUCAUGGAGGAGAGAGCAGGAUGAGAGCAGGACUACAAAAGUAUGCCUGUGAUCUCACACUGGACCCAAACACAGCAAACACUCAACUCAUUCUGUCUGAUGAGAACAGGAAGAUCACAAGUGUGGAAGAUCUUCAGCCGUAUCCUGAUCAUCCAGAGAGAUUUGAAUAUGCUCCUCAGGUUCUGAGUGUUGAGAGUCUGACUGGACAAUGUUACUGGGAGGCUGAAUGGAGUGGGAGGUUUGCUAUUAUAGCAGUGUCAUAUAAAGGAAUCAGCAGGAAAGGAGGAUGGAGUGACUGUUGGUUUGGAUUCAGUGACAAAUCCUGGAGUCUGUUCUGCUCUAAUAAUAGAUUUACUGUCUGGCACAAUAAUAAAUACACUUAUAUACCCACCGUCCGUUCAUCCUCUAAUAGAGUAGGAGUGUAUGUGGACGUGUCGGCCGGCUCUCUGUCCUUCUACAGCGUCUCUGACACACACACACUCACACACUUACACACAUUCAACACCACAUUCACCGAACCCCUUUAUGCUGGAUUUAGACUUUAUCAGAUGAACUCCUCAGUGUCUCUGUGUGAUAUUAAAGAGCCUCCUGUGAGAAUCAUCAGUGAUCCACACGCCGCCGGGUCCUCAAACCUCAAAUCUUCUGUGCUCGAUAUUGAACCGCUGCUGAAGUGUCAGUCUUGCGUCCAUAUAGCUGAUCCAGAUCAGUGGGUUCAGAUUGAGCCGUCGGCCUGUACAGAUAAAGGAGUUUCAAAGUUCAGGAUCAGUACUCGGCCAGGCCGUUACGAGUGUGUCAGGACCAGGAUGCGAUGGGUCAGUGAUUAUGACGUCACCCUUCAGUAUCACACCGUAGACGGACACUUCCUCAACAAAGAGCUGGAGAAGCUGCAGUGCAACCGGAUCGCUCCAGUGAUGGACGUGACGGUGAUCUCAGGGAAACUGGAGGAAGUUCAUCUGCCACAUUACGCCUGUUUAGGAGAGUCUGGAGCUUCCCUCAGAGAUGCUGUGAAAGUCCUCAGUGUAAAAGAUGAGGGAAUAACCACAGAACCAGUGAAGUUGACACGAUUCCAUGCUAAGAUUGUCAAACCAUCCUUCUCUCUUAAAACAUUAAUUAUAAGUUGGAUAAUGGGAUGGGAUGAACACUGCGAUCUUCUUCUCUACAUGCGCGCUAAAGAUCCUCUCAUUCUACACGUCUACUUUUUUCCAUUUGAUGAUUGUGCGAAAGAAAAAGUUGAGAAGAUUGAAAAAUCAAGUUAUUGGAUCUUGCAUCCCAGACCUGACAGGCCGUUUCGGAUGAAAACUCCACACAGUCUUGAUGUUCCUGGCGCUUCUGUCCAUCCCAAAGAAGGGAUCACAUUCAGAAGAGAAACUGACCCAAAUUUCUUCAAGAUCAGGAGCAAGACACAUCUGGAGAACGAUUUUCAUAUGAGUCUGAUCAGAGAGGAGGACAAGAAGAUUGUCUGGAGUGCAACACUUGAGAAAGAGGAACUUGAUCAGAUUCAUCCACAGAGACACGAGUCGCGUCCACAGAGAGAGGAGUUGCGUCCACAGAGAGAGGAGUCGCGUCCACAGAGAGACGAGUCGCGUCCACAGAGAGACGAGUCGCGUCCACAGAGAGACGAGUCACGUCCACAGAGAGAGGAGUCGCGUCCACAGAGAGAGGAGUCGCGUCCACAGAGAGAUGAGUCACGUCCACAGACAGAGGAGUCGCGUCUGAAUAGUGAGGCAGGUAAAGCAAGAUAUUUUGACAACCACUGGCCAGAUCUCAUUCAGAAGGUCACAGAUUUUAGGAUUAUUGCAGAUAAACUGCGUCAGCAGGACAUAAUUCAUGAGGAACAAUAUUCAGAAAUCAGACAGAGUUUAACCAGUCAGGACGGCAUGAGAACGAUCUGUGACAUUAUACGUAAACACGAUGAUGCUGUGAAAGCUAAACUCAUCUCAAUUCUUCAGGAAGAGAAGCUUUACCACUUUUAAAACAUUGGUCUGAUUUUACAUUUAGGGCUCGAGGAGCAUCUUUUUAAACUUAACGUUUCAAAACAGCAACCUCAGUCCGAAGGCUCGUCCUCUAGAAAAAAAAUGGUUUAUCAAAAUAUACUUAGUCAGCAAUUAAAUCUUUCAAAAUAUUAAGUGAUUGUAACAUUACAAAUAAAUCUCAGGUUUUGUAUGUCUAAGUUAAUGGCAGGUAAACUGUCAAAGCAAAUUUAGAGGAAAAUUUAUAUUUAUGUUUAUCUAAAUGUGUAUUUCAUGCUUGUACAUAUGUUUUAUACAUCAGAAAUUCAACAACAUUUUGAGAUAUUUCAGUUUUUUUUUUUUCAUUUUUAGUUUAGUUUAGUUUAACAUCAACUUAACCUGUUAACCCGCACCUGGACGCCGACACACUGAAAGCUCUUUUUUUGCACGUGUCAAUGUUUGCGUAUAGAUAAAAUGAAAAGGGACAUAAUUAAUCUUUACAAACUAUAUAUCAUUCUAAAGGUCUAAGCCUCAAGCAUCGACGAUAGAUCGCCGUUUUUCAAUGGAAAGCUUAUAAAGAAUGUAUUUGCUAAAUUUGUGUAAGCAGUACACAUCAAAACAUCCAAAAUAAAAACGCAGUACGUACCAGAUUUAUCAUAAUAACGAGUCAUAAACGCAUCCACUGCUGUAAAUCCCUGACUGUAU